AUGAUAACGCCUCACUUGUUAUCAGUCGGCACAGGCUCGACAGACACACGAGCCAAGCUGGUCUCCAACUUCAGCGACGAUAAGCUCUCCUUUUCUAGAUUUCGCGAUCUUCCAUUCGAGAUACGUCUAUUGAUAUGGGAAGCUACGAUCGAGCCUCAGAUUGUACAUUUGAGGCAACGCCAUGUCUCUGAAUGCUAUCAUGCCGUCCAGAGCGUCUCAUCAAACCGCCUUGUAACGGAUAGAUGCAGUGGAAAGGCCAACCAGAAAUUCCGGGGCUGCUUAUGUGAGAGUCAUCAUGAAGAAUCCAGAACGGAGUUCGACCGUAUGGAUCGUAUUCGAGGUCGUCCGUAUCUUCAUCAUAUGAUGGGAUUUGAUACAGAUGUUCCAACUCCGAGUCUGCUGCUGGCUUGCCGAGAAUCGUACCAGGUGGCGUCAAAAGUUUACACUAAGAGUUUCUCAGCCCUCGGCUCGAUUGCUCAGACCUACUUCAACUUUAAAACCGAUACUCUGUACCUUGACGUUCAGACCGAGACGCCCACGACUGAGUCGAUUCUUCAAGAUGUUUUACCAUAUAUGUGCCAGGACGAAUUAGCGGAGGUUGAAAACCUAGCUGUGAAUCGCAACCUCCUAACCGAGACGAUGGGUAGUUAUGAGAACUACCUCGCUUGCAUUCUCUAUUAUUUCAAGAACGUCAAGACGGUAUAUCUGGUUUCUGAGUCCGAAUUGAUCGAAACCAAUAGGCUGGAAAGCGCCAGAGACAAGCAAAGGCCUCCAAAAUCUUUGGUUCUAUACGAGGCCAUGGAGACUUCUCACCGCAUGAUCCCAGCAAGGGAUUGCAAUGACUGUCGCGAGGCAUUUCAACGACAUGGCUUGGCGCUCAUUCAUCCGGAUAUCGAAAUUUGCGAGGAUGAAGUCCAUGCUCAAGGGAAAUCCAUUUGUGGAGGCAGGGGUCAGCAGUGGCCGAGACCUGCUUUCGUGCAUGGUCAGACUAUCACGACGCCAGAUAUGAAGUCUAUGCUUGAAGCGCUGCAGAGGAAGUGUAUGGAGGAAGCGAGGUGUGGAUGCUAUGACAUCGAUGGGAAGAGUGAGGGCAUGGAGAUUUGCGAGGUUGGGGAAGAUUAUGAUCGUUCUCUCUUGCCUUGA